UGCGCGGUAUCAUAGCAACAGUGAUAAACAGUGAACCGGUGGCCAAGAUGUCAUCUCCGCGGGAGCUAGAGGCAGCAGAAUACCUCAAAAAACACAAAAUUAUUGAGCUUAUGGAUAAUUUAACUAGUAUGCUCUUCUUCUACAGACCAGAUCGUCCUAGAGAAUUUCUGAUCGACCAACUCGAAAAGCUGAAAGUUUCCAAAGUUCAUCCAGGAAACCCUCCGUGCCUCUUUAACGAGUCCAACUUAGAUGCGCUGUUUGGAAUCCUGGAUCCUUCCCAUCAAGGCUUUAUCACUUAUAGUCAAUACAAAGAAGCACUGAAGACACUUGGCAUCAAGAAUUUCAAUGAGCUCCCAGAAGGAGCCAGUGAUGACAGAAUAUCACAAGAGACGUUCAUAAGAGAGGCGACAGAAGGGCUUGUCGGAAGUGCAGCAACAUUCCAGCUAUAGGAGAACUCUGUUCUAAGUAUCUUCACAUUUAUUUUUUAUAUAGAAAACAGUACAUACUGUAUGUAUGCAUAUAUAAAUAAACAUUUUUUAUUUGACUUCCAACUGACUUCCAUAGUAUUUUAUCCAUACCAUGGAAAUCAAUGGGAUGUCAGUUUCCAUUUUUGGGUGAAUAAUCCCCUUAAAUUGCCUACAGUGAAGACCAGCCAACAUGACUUAAUAAUCACAUUUUAAUGAAAGUGUAAGAAUAAAAUAUUACUACUACUACUACUACUGCUACAAAUAAUAAUAAGUGUUUUUUGUUGUUGUUGUUGUUUUUAAAUGUGAUAUUCCAUGGAAUAUAGCAUUAUAAAUGUAUAUUUAUAUUUAUUAUUAUUUAUUACUAUUUUACCCCCUUA